UAAACAAACUCUGUCUCUCUAAAAUCUCACUCCCUCAUUUCUCUCUCUUAAUCAGCAUCUUACUGUUUUCUUACCAUUCAAAAGGACCAAAAACAUCAUCACCAUUGAACAAUCUGGAUUCAUUAGUAUUUUUUUAAAAAAAAAACUCUUUUACUUCCUUUACUGUUAAUCAUCGAUUUGUUUUUUUAAUCUCAGGCUUUGUUUCUUUGUUCUCCGUGUGGGACUGAUUGUGGAUGUGUUUCUCCUUUUACAAUCUCAUCUUUUGAUGUUUUUUUUGUCAGAUUUUGUUCUGAAUCAUCGUGUUUUUGGCUUCUCUUUGACGAUUCUAUUGUUGUUCUCAUCUUUUAAGAGUUUUACUUUUGGUGGUGUCACUCUCAAAGCAAUACUCCUUUACCUUCAUUGGACCUUUCACUCUUUUUUUCCUUCCUUUUGGAUUGGUUUUGCCUCUUUUUUGAGUGGUAGAAGAAGCAGAGGAGAACAUUUUAACACUGAAAAAUAGCGAUUCCAAAUAAACAGAGGUUUCUUCUAUGGAUCAUCAUAUGUUGUGUCCGAUCAAAUACACAGAGCACCGAAAUGUUAUCAGAAAAGUCACUAAACCCUCUUCGAUAAAAUCGAAAAAAUUCUCAGAAGCUUCAAAAUCCUCCCAAUACAAUCCCUCUGUUCCGAGGACUGUUCGGAUUUCUGUUACGGACCCAGACGCAACGGACUCUUCCAGUGAUGAAGAAGAAGAGCAGCUUUUCGGACGUCGACGGGUGAAAAAGUACAUCAACGAAAUCAGUAUUGAAACGGCUGUCAAGUCUGAAGUUAGCAUUCCUAACUUUGUCAAAACGGUGAAUAAAAGAGCACCGGAAGCUCUUCAGACCAAGCAGAAGCCGAUGAAAGUCCAGCCCCAACAAUCGGCUGGAACAGUUAAGAAGUUCCGUGGGGUGCGUCAACGGCCGUGGGGCAAAUGGGCGGCUGAGAUCAGAGACCCGGCUCGCCGUGUCAGGCUUUGGUUAGGAACUUAUGAUACCGCUGAAGAAGCUGCUAUGGUUUAUGACAACGCUGCUAUUAAGCUUCGUGGGCCCGAUGCUUUAACAAACUUCAUCACUCCUCCCAAGCCAGAGCCGGAAAUCAGUGUUCCUUCUCACUCCGGCUAUGAAUCUGGCAACGAGUCCCGUAACAUUCCUUCUCCAACUUCUGUUUUGCGGUUUAGAAUGAGCCAGUCAAGUGAAGAAACAGAACAGCUAAGCCUGUCCGACCCGGUUCAGGUUUCGGAAGAGUGUCCUUCGGUUCAAGGAUCGAUGGAAUGCGAGCAAACGGUUCAAGAACCGUUUGUUCAAUGUGGUGCUGAACCGUUAACGGCUCAGCAGGAAGUGGAAGAGUGCCAAGGCGAGACCAGCAUGAUUCCUGAUUACUCAAACGAUUACUUGCCAACAGAUAUUCCCUUCUUAAACGAUUUUUUCAAUUUCGAUGGUUCAGCAGCUGAACAGACAUUAUUUGAGGAAACAAUAGUAACACCACCAACAACAACAAGUUGUCCCAAUGAUUUUGGCUUGUCGUACAAUGACGCAUCUUCAUUGGAUUUCACGAACGAUUUCCUGUUUAACGAUGCUGAUUUCGCUGAAUUCGCUAAUUUUGAUGAUUUGGGUUCUUUAGGAAUGGAUGAUUUUUUCCAAGACAAGGUUGUUGAUUAUUCCAGUGUUGAUUCUCUGUUGGAGAUUUGAGUUUCAUUUCUAUGAAAGACCAAUUUUGCAACAUGUCACUGUCCCGGCUUGCUACUCUUUAGUGGCAAAUUUUGUCUACCGGCGACAGCACGAAAUCGGCUUGAGUUUUAUUUAUUUUUAUUAUUUAGUAGAUUUGUGUUAGUAUUUAUUAUUUAGAAUAAUUUAUUUGUUUUAGGAUCUCCGUGAAAGUGAAUGGAGUGAAGCGUGGAGUUUUAGUUUAUAAUUUAUUUUAUUUUUAGAAUAAGUAGAGAUGGCCUUGAAAAAGAGUUGUAUCAUAAAAACACUCUACGGAGAUUUUAAAUGAGAAUCUUAUAAUUUUUAGUGAAA